CAUUAUGUCUAUGGAAAGUCCCCAUAAAACAUGGAAACACAACAUGUGUGUGUGUGUGUGUGUGUGUGUGUGUGUGUGUGUGUGUGUGAGAGAGAGAGAGAGAGAGAGAGAGAGAGAGUGUGUGUGUGUGUGUGUGUGAAUAAUAAGAAUAAGUAGGUGUGUCCACUGAUAUGUGAUACAGAUUUAUUUUUUACAUUAGCUCAUAAUUUAUAUAUAUGUUUAUGUUACAUAUGAUGUUAAACAUGUAAUGUCCAGCAGAAUACAAAUGUAAACAUAAAGUCUCCUGUAACAAGUGAAGUGUGUUGAUCUCAGUUUGGUUUAGUUCUAAAAGUGCUUCAGUCAGGAGACGUUACAUCACUCAUUAACAGAUGUGAUAGUGGGUCACAAACUUUCACCAGAACCACAGACGCUUUGGAGAUCUGAUGGAGAAACAGACACGCGUGUUCAGCUCCAGCACUGCAUCAGCUGCAUGAAUGUUUCACUGCGCCGGAGGGUUUACAGAAGAUCUCAUUCUUCAACAGGCUGAACUCAUUUCGAAGUCAGUGUGCUGAACAUGUGGACGGGGAGGAAGUAAUCAAAAUGACGCGACCUGAUGCUUUAAUCUCACUGGACGCUGAGACUGAUUUAUCCGCCAGAAAAAAAACAACUCUCAUCAGAUCCAAAACAUUAGACCCUGCACUCCUUCUGCAAGUCCAGAGGGACUCUGAAUCAAAGUGUGAACACAGGAAACCGCAGACGGGACAGAUUCUGCGAACAAAUUCCCAGUACCACAAAGUGUUUAAAGACAUAAGUGAAGAUGAACACCUGAGACAGAGUUACACGUGUGCCUUACAGAAAGAUAUUCUGUAUCAAGGGAGACUCUUUGUGUCUGAUAACUGGAUUUGUUUCCAUUCCAAAGUUUUUGGAAAAGACACCAAGAUUGUGAUUCCAGUUUCCUCCGUGACAGUCAUCAAGAAAACCAAAACUGCCAUCUUGGUGCCAAAUGCGCUGGAUAUUUCGACAGCACACGAGCGGCAUGUGUUUGUCUCAUUUAUGUCUCGGGACACCACAUACAAGGUUUUGAUGUCAGUUUGCCCUCACUUGGUUGAGGACUGUCCUGGGAUCAGUCAGAUUCCAUCCCAGAGCAGCUCGAGAGGACAGCAGACGUCUGAUCUCUCAGUGGAUCUGUCUGAUUUAGAGGCUCCAGUCAGACAGACGGAUCAACACAUGGACGACAGCAGCAGCUCCGACUGUCCAGAGUCUCCAGAUUUGGAGAAAACCCCCAAGUUCCCCAAAUGUUCGCCAACUUUCACUGACAAAUCUAAACAAGACAUUGAACUGGAUUCUCACCCACAACAACAAACUGAUACUACAACAAACCUGCAAUACAAUGGGUCAUCAGAGGUCGAGUUCAUGAAAACAUUGAGACCGGUUUCACUCUCAUUAAACACACUUGUGUUGGUCUAUCUGUCUCUUGUCUGUAUUCUGAUGUUGUCGUCUUGUUACAUGGCGUUUAAAAUCGUAUCUCUGGAGGAACGCUUGACAUCCCUCGUCUCCAUGGAGUUUCCUCACAAAGGAGAUGAAUAUGAAGGAUUGUUCUCUAGAGAUCCAGCGGAGAUCUGCUCGGUGCUUUCUGCGAGUCUCGUGACAUUGGAAAAGAUUCACAGAAGUCUGCAGAGACUGCUGGAGUCUGUAUCUGAUGAGUGAUGGACAGAUCGUCACGAGUGAUGUCGAGGAUUGUUAUUUACUGUUUACUGAGUGAAGAAACGAUCAUUACAUGCUUCAGUGUGUUGUGCUGCAGUCUUCAGCGUUUUUACCCAACUGAUUUAAAUGAGUGUAUAUGAUUUAUAUUAGCAUGAAUUACAGUAAUUAGAUUGAAUGAAAUUGGAUAUAUGUUAUAUUGUACAGAUAACACUGAGUCAGCGAAUCACAUGUCAAAUAAGAAUGAUCAACACUGUAUUAGUGUCCUAUGAUGUGAUUAAUAAACACAUGUGUAUAUG